GACAUAGUAAAGACAAAAACAUGAAUACUUUAGAACAGAUGUAUGUGAUUUGUACAUUGAUAUUGCCGUUAGCUGACAAAAAAUAGAAUUUAUGUAUGUAUCAUUUUGUCUGAAAAAAUUCUCUUAUACCAAUUUUUGUCACUAAUCUCCGUUUCUCUUUCGUGCUAUUUCGUAUAUAAACGAACUCCGAAAACCUUCCAAUUCACCAAAUUAUCUUUCUGCAGUUCCCUAAACCAAAAACAAUAUCGAACACGGUUUCUUUUUUCAUCUUUUUUUCGUUGGCGGUUACAUAUUUUUGUAGCAGGCUACUAAAAUGGCUGCUGCAGUGACACGAGAUGAGUUGACUAGGUCAAUGAGCCGUAGGGCCAGCUUUUCAUCGUCACCGAGCACAAAGGGCUGGGCUUCGGCUAGUAUCCGGGAGGCGUUCGGAGCGCCAGGUGGCGAUGUAUUCCAAAAGAGCGGGAGAAAAGACGACGAGGAAGAGCUUAAGUGGGCCGCUAUUGAAAGGCUGCCCACUUACGAUCGAAUGAGAAAGGGAAUCUUGAAGCAAGUUUUGGACAAUGGAAGAAUCGUGCAUGGAGAAGUCGAUUUUGCUAAUCUCGGUUUGCAGGAUAAGAAGCAAAUUAUGGAUAAUAUGUUGAAAGCGUUUGAAGAUGAUAACGAGAGGUUGCUUCUUCGGCUCCGAGAAAGGAUUGAUAGGGUGGGGAUCGAGCUUCCGCAAUGUGAAGUCAGAUUCGAACAUUUAUCGGUCGAAGGAGAUGCUUUUGCUGGAAGCAGAGCACUUCCGACUCUGUACAAUUCUACCGUAAAUGCCCUUGAGGGAAUUCUAAGUUCCGUAAGGAUUUUGUCUUCGAAAAAGAAGAAUGUCAAAAUACUAAGUGAUGUAUCCGGAAUAGUGAAACCGUCAAGAAUGGCACUUCUUUUGGGACCUCCGAGCUCCGGAAAAACUACAUUGCUAAAAGCACUUGCUGGAAAGCUGGAGCAGAGUCUUAGGGAAAGCGGGAAGAUAACUUAUUGCGGCCACGAACUGAGGGAAUUUAUUCCUCAGAGAACUUGUGCUUACAUAAGUCAACAUGAUCUUCAUCACGGAGAAAUGACGGUUAGGGAAUCUUUGGAUUUUGCGGGCCGUUGCUUCGGUGUUGGAGCGAGAUAUGAACUUUUGGCCGAGUUGUCGAGGCGGGAAAAAGAUGCUGGUAUCAAACCAGAUGCCGAAAUUGAUGCCUUUAUGAAAGCCAUUUCAGUAGCUGGACAAAAGACUAGUUUGGUCACUGACUAUGUGCUCAAGAUACUUGGACUGGAUAUUUGUUCCGAUACUAUGGUCGGAGAUGAAAUGAGAAGGGGUAUUUCCGGAGGACAAAAGAAGCGUGUGACAACCGGAGAAAUGUUGGUGGGGCCCGCAAAAGUUUUCUUCAUGGACGAAAUAUCGACCGGUCUCGAUAGUUCAACCACAUUUCAAAUAAUCAAAUAUAUGAAGCAAAUGGUUCACAUAAUGGAUAUAACAAUGAUAAUCUCCCUUCUCCAACCAGCACCCGAAACUUUCGAUCUUUUCGAUGAUAUAAUUUUGCUUUCGGAAGGUCAAAUAGUCUAUCAGGGCCCACGUGAAAGCGUGCUCGAUUUUUUCGAGAGCGUUGGAUUCAAAUGCCCCGAAAGAAAAGGAGUCGCGGAUUUUCUUCAAGAAGUUACUUCAAAUAAAGAUCAAGAACAAUAUUGGUCGAGAAAGAACAUACCGUACAAAUAUGUAUCGGUAUCGGACUUUGUGCAUUACUUUAAAUCUUUCUACGUCGGGCAGAAAAUAUUCGGCGAAUUGGGAAUUCCUUACGACAAGAGUAGAGCUCAUCCAGCUACUUUGGUGAAGGAUAAAUACGGUAUUUCCAACAAAGAUCUUUUCAAGGCGUGUUUGUCGAGGGAGUGGUUGUUAAUGAAGAGAAACUCGUUCGUGUACAUUUUUAAAACCACGCAGAUUACGAUUAUGGCUCUUUUUACUUUUACGGUGUUCUUUCGAACGGAGAUGAAGCACGGGCAUAUAGACGACGGGAGAAAAUUUUACGGGGCUCUAUUUUUUAGUCUUAUUAAUGUGAUGUUUAAUGGGAUGGCGGAAUUAGCAAUGACCAUUUUUCGGCUUCCCGUGUUUUUCAAACAAAGGGAUGCUUUGUUUUAUCCGGCUUGGGCUUUUGCGCUACCGAUUUGGCUACUAAGGAUUCCAAUCUCGAUUAUGGAAUCCGGGAUAUGGAUUGUUCUCACUUAUUACACCGUUGGAUUUGCUCCGGCCGCUAGUAGGUAAGUGCUUUCGCAUUUCUGUUUUGUUGGAGAUAUAAAUAUUAAAUCGGGUUUACUGCAUUCAACACCCUGUGUUUUCUCUAAUUGUUAAAGAAAACCCCAACCCCCCCUAUGAUUCAUUUUUAAACCAAACGGCCCAAAACGAAC